AUGGCAGAGGACCCAAUCGCCGCCCCAGAACCCGCGAUCGAAGUGGACGACGACGUUGACUCGGCGUAUGGCGACGAAACGUCCACAUACACUACAUCGUUGGCCUCGAGCGUGCGGAGCUAUCACUUCCCCAACGAUGAGCCCGAACAGGACCGGCUCGACAUGAUCCACCACGUCUUCUGCCGACUGCUCAAUGACCGACUGUUCCUGGCUCCCAUCAACCCGGACGACGGGCUGCGGAUCCUCGACAUCGGGACGGGCACGGGCAUCUGGCCUAUCCAGAUGGGCGAUCAGUAUCCGCGAGCAAGCUUGAUCGUGGGCAACGAUCUCAGCCCGAUCCAACCGGAGUGGGUGCCCCCGAAUGUCAAGUUCAUCGUCGACGACGUGGAACAGGACUGGCUGGAACAGCAGCCCUAUGACUAUAUCCACUGUCGGUACAUGGCGGGCUCGAUCCGCGACUGGCCCCGACUGGUGCGGCAGUGCUACGACCACCUGAAGCCGGGCGGGUGGAUCGAGUUCCAGGAGUCGGCUAACACGCUCUACUCGGAGGACGGCUCGCUCACGCCAGACAACAAGAUGGUCCAGAUGAUGAACGGUCUCAUGGAGGCCUGCGACCGAAUCGGCCGCACCAUGGACCCGGCCCCGUCAAUCAAAGGCUGGGUCGAGGACGCCGGGUUCACCAAAGUGGAACAGCGCAGGUUCAAGCUGCCCAUCGGUCCCUGGCCCAAGGACCCGCGACUGAAGGAGAUUGGAACCCUCAUGGCCAUCAAUUUUAUCGAGGGGGUGGAGGCCUUCACGCUGUCGCUGUUCACGGAGGUUCUGGGAUGGUCGAAGGAGGAAGUUGACGUCCUGAACGCCGGGGUGCGGGCGGACGCGCAGCGGAGAGACGUCCAUCCUAUGUUUGAUUUUCUGGUCAUUACCGCGCAGAAGCCAGAAUAG